AUUUAAUAUAUAAAAAUGUCUGAAUCCAAUGUAAAAGGGAGAGUUUAAGCAAUAUUUGAAAAAUUAGACAAUAUCUCAACUAGUGUUCAAGAUGAGUAAAAAUUUAAAGAAUUCAUUAUUUUAGGAAGAACAGUAGAUUUCAUAAUAUCUCUUAACUUAUAAUGGCCUUUGAAGCAUAAUUAUAACAUAAUUCUGAAUAGAAAGAAGAAAAAUUCAAUUACUUAGGAUAGAGAUUAAGAUAACUAGGUGAAUUUUUAGAAUUGGAAUAAGAAGAGUAUCAUAUAAUAAUAAUAAAAAAUAGUCGUCUAAGAUAAGAAGCUGAAACCUAAAAGCUACUAACUGAUUUGGAAAGACAUGCUAGAAAAUUAAUAGAAUAGAACUCAAAAGACAGAGUAGAAUAAGAAAGAAAAAUAGUUUAUUCGAUUGGAUAGUAGAUGGAUAAUUUAUAAGGUGAAGUAGCUAAAGAGGGAUUGGUAACUAUUUAAAACUAUAUUUUAGGCUUAAUCUGAAUCAUAUUAAUUUGUUGAUUCAUAUAUGAAUGAAGAUCUUCCAAAAAUAGCAGAUUAACUAUAAAAUGAAAUUGGAGAAAGAAAAGAUGUUGAGGGAAAAAUCUAAAUUUAAUUUCUAUAAUAAUUAACAGAGUUAAAAGAAGCUUUUGAUAAGUAAAUAAAAGAUUAAAUAAAAUUAGAGAAAAAAAAGAAAGAGAAGCUAAGGAAGAGGAAAUUGUUGAAAGUUUAAGAGAAAUAUCAGGAAGAAUAACUGAAGCUUUGAAAAAAACUAGAAUAGAAAGAGAAAAGACUGAAGAGACUCUUGUAUAAUUGGUUGAAAAAGUUGUUGAAAAGAUUAAACGUGAAAUGUUAGAAAUGAAUUUAUGA